AUGGCAGACUCAGACCAAACAUUUCCAGCUGCAGAUGUUGCUGCUGAAUUGAAUCUUGGGAGUAACACCAAGGUUCAAGUUGAUCCUGUUUCAUCUGAGGUGGCUGCUGCCAAGGAACAAGCUGAGGCAGAAGAGAAGAGAAAGGAAAGGAAAAAGAAGGAAGCAUUGCAUACACUUAAAUCAGCAAUUAUAAUCUCAGGCAUAGUUGUGGCUGUGGCAGGAGCUGCAAUUGUCAUAACCAAAAAGUUAAAAGAGAAAUGA